CGACCAUUGGCCACGGCUUCCAUCACAUAAGGCUGGCUGUCGUGCCUGCCGCAAGAGGUACCCACAGCGUUGCCAGUGUCUCCGGCAUGGAGACCCAACUCUCUUUGCCUUUCAGUGGAAGUACGUCUGGACGACCACCCAAGGAUCACGCUUAUGUGGUAUGAUCGUGAUAAAAGUGCUCUAUUUUAUGGCCGAAUAUUACACCUUGCUGCUGAUUGUCGCCGUGUCGUCACUGCAUUCUUAGAGACGUCCGGUCUAUCUGCGAGGAUGCCUGUUGUUCAUUGCGAUCCUGCAUGGUUCUUCGUUAGCUGGACGGAGUAGUACGCGGAUAAACCGUCCCAGUUGCCUGAUGAGCAUAACGGAUCCGAGGCCCUGCUCACAUUAUGUCCGGAUUCUCCCUGGCAUGGCCAUACUAAUCGACCUUUCCCUUGAGCCACGUUCGCUCUCCGGGUAGCUGACAACGCAUUGCAUUUUAUUAGAUUCGGUUCCUCUGUCAGUUCAAGCACUUCGUAGCGUCAAAGUCUACGCUGUGUCCAGAUGUAGUAGAUCCAUCGCGCACUCUCUUGUGGUUUCACUUAAGAUAUUUUCCGGGUGAUGAUUCCAUUACCGAUUCUUGAUUUCGACUACACGCGUCUUUCUGCGUUACCUAGUACAUGUAUUGGAAAAUUUUACAAAAUUUUGAACGCCGUCCAUAACGGCUGACAUCUAGUGAGUACUCACGGUUUUUCGACCUGAUACUGACGAGCCUCCUAACGAACCGGGCCCCCACGAAGCUUCGCUGCCCAGACAUGUCGUCGCUGAAAAUCUCGUCUGAGAUGGGCUGCUCUAUUUUUCAAGAUCACGAGUCUAAAUCUAUGGGACAUAUCCUUUCUACUAUGGUGGCAGAUCGAUUAUCGAGGGCGUGCAACAGAUUGAACGUUGGAUUUUUCAUCCUACCAUAGGUUGUUCAACGUCCUAAUAAGCCUCCAGAUAUCAAGUCUCUUUGGCUGACGACUGAAGCCCAUAAUGCCCGAAUGAACGUCGCACACAACACAGGGCAGAGCUGGGUUCUGCCGCAGAGUGUGGUUGCGCUUCGUAUGGGUCGGUUCUUUAGAACAGCAUGUAUGCCAAGGACCGCAUCAGACGCAAGCGGGGCGAAAUCCCGGAUUGUUCAAGCCAUGGAUGGAAACUACAAAGCAAAAACCAGAUUCCAACAGCGAGGAAUGCCUCACGUGACUGUAGAAGCCACGCAAAGAAACGAACAGGUGGCUGUCAUUGAUCGCCAUUGUACUCGGUGCGAUUCCCAAAAUGGAAAGCGGCUCUGGUGUAUAUAAUGGCAGGAACUUUGCAGCCCAUUGAUCCAUCCGAUCCUUUCCCUUCGAUGUCAGGUAUCAUAAACGCUCCUGAAUCGGCGUCCGAUCUGCUCCGUCGCUCAACCCGAGUGGUGUCCAAUGGGGACCUCCGUAAACCUGAAGUAAUUUCAGUUUCGAUCACGUGUCGGAAUGAACCCUGGAGAAAGACCAAGUCGGUAGGCAAAGCAAAGGAGAUGGGCAAGGUCGUCAGGGAGGAUCAGAUCGCGGAGCCCUCCAUCUCUGCUAGGCAGCCCCUGCCUUUUCCGUGUCCAAGUUUAGACGCCCCACGCAUUUGCCUCUUCACUGUGGAUCAAGUGGUUUGGUUCAAGAACUAUCUCGGUGAAUGGCAGCGCGGCAAGAUAUACGCUAGCCCCGCUGCCCCGCAAGGCCGCCGAAUCCGAGCAAGUGAUAAUCACAUCUACUGGAAUGUCAUCUACGUCAAUCCAAGUGGUCACAAGCUCCGACGCUGGUUUACACCCGUGAACGGCGACAUCAAACCGGAUACGCCCGAUAUCCGGGCUCUGCUAAACGAUGGUGGCUGGCUGAAUGAUUGUGAUGAGACCUGAAGCGUCGAUCCCUUCGCAUUUCUGUUUCCGUUGUAAUUGUAUUUCGAGAGUUUGUUUAUACAGGAUAUCCAUGGACAUUUGGCUUGCUGCCGAGAAAUUUACGCCAGAUUUGGGAUGUGGAUAUCCGUCGUUUUUAUCUUCCCCGAUUUUCAUGUAUAUUACUCUCCGUUGUAGACAAGACAAAA